AUGGCAUCCGUUGCUUUAAUUGGGUGCACCGGUAUGGUGGGUACUCAUAUUGUCAGCACCCUCCUCGCUAAUCCCUCUAUCUCGCACAUUGUCACCCUCUCUCGACGACCCCCCCAAGCAGCAUCUACCGCUCCACAGACGAAACUCACGGCCUUCAUCUCAGAUGAUACCUCACUCUGGACGCCUCACCUGGCCUCUGUGUCUCCGCCACCCGCGAUCUUUAUUUCUUCCUUUGGUACCACUCGAGCCUCUGCUGGUGGAUUCGAUAACCUGUACAAGGUCGAACAUGGCGUGAACAUAGAGACGGCGAUCGCCGCCAAGAAAAUGGGAGUUAAAGCCUACGUGCUGGUUUCAUCUGUUGGUGCUACUAAGACCUCAUCCUUCCCCUACUCCCGAAUGAAGGGUGAGAUAGAGGAAGAUGUCAAAGCCUUGAAUUUCGAUCGGACGAUUAUCCUUCGCCCUGGUAUAAUUUCCGGCACUAGAGGAGAGAGCAGGCCCGUGGAAGCCGUGCUCCGCUUCUUCGCCGGAAUUGCUGGAAAGGUCCAUUCGAUCCUGAAAGACAGCUGGCCUCAAGAUGCGGAUGUGAUCGCUAGGGCCGCUGUGAACGCAGGACUCAAGGCUGUCGACGGUGAAGUGGAGGGCAGUGACAUCAUUCACCAGGGAAAACUAUAG